AUGGUUAAAGAUUUAUCCCAUCUUCUCUCUGAAGAAUCUAAAGGUAGAGAACCAUCUCGUUUAAAGGUUGCUUUUAAAUAUUAUGGUAAGGAUAAUAUUGUUUUCCUAGGUGGUGGUUUACCAUUAGCAGAUUAUUUCCCAUGGGAAACAAUCACUGCAACUUCUCCAGCUCCUCCAUUUGCUGAUGGUAUUGGUGCACCUCCUUCGGUCACAGGUAAUGCGACCAUUUCCGAAAUCCAUAAACACAAGGUGGAAGAGUUUGAUAUUCCACUGGCUAAAUCGUUGCAAUAUGGUGCUACUCAAGGUAGCACUGAAUUGGUUGAUUUCUUGAAGGAACACACUCAAAUGGUGCAUAACGUCCCUUAUGAAGAAUGGGAUGUUGCACUGACCAUUGGUAACACCCAAUCAUGGGAGGCAUGUAUUAGAACUUUCUGUAACCCAGGUGACUCUAUUUUAUUAGAAGAGUUUACUUUCCCAUCUGCUGUUGAAUGUGCAAAGAAUUUACAAGUUAACUUUGUUCCAGUUAAGAUGGAUGCUUAUGGUAUCAUUCCAUCAGCAUUAGAUGAGUUGUUAGCUAACUGGGAUUCAUCCAAACCAUUACCAAAGCUAUUGUACACUAUUUGUACCGGUCAAAACCCAACCGGUUCUUCCUUGAACAAUGAAAGAAGAAGGGAAAUCUACAAGAUUGCAUGUAAAUAUGAUUUCAUUAUUGUGGAAGAUGAACCUUAUUACUUCUUACAAAUGGAAGAAUACAAACAAGGUGCAGAAUCUUCUGUCAAGUCUCAAACCCACGAAGAAUUCUUAUCUGCGUUAGUUAAGUCUUUUAUCUCUAUGGAUGUUGAAGGUAGAGUUCUGCGUUUAGAUUCUUUGUCCAAGGUUUUAGCCCCAGGUUCAAGAAUUGGAUGGAUUGUUGGUCAAAAACCUUUGCUAGAAAGAUUCAUCAGAUUACACGAAGUUUCCAUCCAAGCACCUUCUGGUUUUUCCCAAUCUAUUGUCCAAGGUCUUUUGGCAAGAUGGGGCCAAUCUGGUUACAUUGAUUGGUUAAUUGCAUUAAGAAAAGAAUACACUAUUAAGAGAGAUUUCACAAUCAAAUGUUUAGAGAAGAAUAUGCCUAAGGAAGUUGUUUCCUGGACCCCCCCAAUUGCCGGUAUGUUCUUCACUAUUACUAUCGAUGCGUCCAAACAUCCAAAGUUCGAAGAAUUUGGAAAGGAUCCAUUGAAGAUCGAAGAUGCAGUCUACGAACAUGGUUUGAAGGAAGGUUGUUUGAUGAUUCCUGGUUCUUGGUUCUUGGCUCCUAAUGCUGAAAAGUCAAAGGAACCACACUUCUUUUUUAGGGGCACUUAUGCUGCUGUUCCAUUGGAAACAUUGGGCGUUGGUUUAGAAAGAUUUGCGAAGGCUAUUAGAGCGGAAUUUGGUUUACCAGCAAACUAA